AUGGCCUCUUUCAGAAGCUUUAUCUUGGCUUUCUUCAUGGCUUUGUCAUUCAACGUUGGUCUAGCGGCUCGUCACCUUCUUCAGUUGCCAACUUUGCCUCCAAUGCCAACUUUGCCUGGAGCAACACUCCCACCAUUGCCAUCUUUGCCAAAUCUCCCUCAGCCAACAAUUCCCACAUUGCCAACUACACUACCAUCUCUGCCCAAGCCUGGCGCCCUGCCUCCACUUCCUACCAUGCCCACCCUUCCAACCUUGCCUACUGCCCCAAAGGUCACUCUGCCUCCACUGCCUAGCAUGCCCUCAAUCCCCACAAUCCCAACUACGAUCCCAUCCAUCCCAUUCUUCUCCCCACCACCUGCAAAAACUAGCCCUUGA